AUGCCUAUUCUACCUCUGAUUACUGUAUCGUCUACAGACGAAGAAGGUGUAUCGUAUCGUGAAAUGCUCUCCUCAUUGGUUGAUAAAGUUCAAACAUCGACCAACUCGUUGGCUUCGACUGUUUCUCAAGCGUCAUCUGAAGAAAUGAGUCCGUAUCUUCGACAGAUCGGAUCGUCAGUUCGACGUCUAUCAAUGCCACUUGGCAAAGUUAGACAAUCCUCUCAACGUCGUCUAUCUCAAAUGGUUUCUGCCAUUGGAGAGGUUAUUGAUCAAGAGAUUCUCAUGACGCAACCAGGCGAAAAAUCGACUCCACUCUUUGGAUCGUCGUUGCUCAACCGCGAAUGGGAGCUCGUUACAGUGUCGGAGAUGUGCCGUCGUUUGUCACUUGACCAGGAGCUUGAAUUGCCGAUUCCAGAUGGAGCAAAUACAUCUCAAAUCUUGGAUGAGCUAAUGAUCAGACAGGUCAUGGACAUCCUUCCACCACGUGCUGAAGGCUACCCAUGGGUCAACAUCUACAAUUCGGAAAAGCAUGGAUUCUCACUCGCCACCAUGUACAGAAAGAUGGCCGAGUUUGACGAAGAUCUCUCGCCAGUACUACUCAUCAUCCGAGACACCAAAGAGCACGUCUUCGGAGCUGUUGUCUCGUCAGCCAUCAGACCAUCUGACCACUUCUUUGGCACUGGUGACAGUUGUCUCUUGUGGAGAUUCACUGGUGAAGUACCACACACUCGCGAACUCCGUCAAUACAACUGGACUGGUGAUAAUCAGUAUUUUGUUAAUGCUGCCAAAGAUUGUCUCUCCAUUGGCGCCGGAUCCGGAAGAUAUGGAUUAUGGUUUGAUGCUGACCUCAACCACGGACGCUCUCAAAAAUGCGAAACUUUCGACAAUGAGCCACUCUGCGGUGAAAACGAAGAUUUCAUCAUUCAGUUCGUUGAGGCAUAUGGAUUCAGAAUGUAA